CGCCUCCACAGCUCCUCUGCCUAUCAACCCGCGGGCAGCCCACUGCAUGACGUAACACCCAGUCUGAAAGUGCAAUGGCGAUAUUGGACAAUAACAGCCGUCGCUUUCGGGGGACCACAUCUAUAUUAUGUGGCUAACGUUAAAGAAAACUCCUCCUGUCGGCUGCGAAACCACAAAUAAUAUCGGCACACUGCGCGAGCGACUACCUGCGACCAGGAAGGGGGAUUUCACAGCCUCUACACGCGAUGACAGUUUAGACUAAAAAAGCCGCUGGUGUGACGUGUGAACAGACACCAUGGCCACACAGGAGCCGUCCCCUCCCUCGUCCAUGGAGAGCAAUAAACCCGGCUUCCCCAAGAAGAUCCUGGGCAACAAGCUGGAGGACAAGCACCUGUGCAACUGCUGCCACAACAUCCUCAGACGACCGUUCCAAGCCCAGUGUGGACAUCGCUUCUGUUCCUACUGCUUCAACAGGGCCGUGAGUAAUGGACCCCAGAAAUGCAGCGCCUGCAUUAAAGAGGAGAUUUUUGAGGAUCCUACGUCGAUUUUGAAACAAGGAUGUGCUUUUCCUGACAAUGCAGUUCGAAGGGAAGUGGAAAACCUUUUAGCUAUUUGUAUCAAUGAAAAUUGCACUUGGAAAGGAAGUAUUAAAGAGUAUGAGCUAAACCACGAAGGGAAGUGUGAGUACAUGAUCAUCCCCUGCCCCUCCUGUAAAGAACGAAUCCGCUUCAGUGAACAGGAGCGCCAUAAUGAGCGAGAGUGCCCGGAGAGAACACUCAACUGCAAGUACUGCAAGGAGCCAUUUCACUUCAAAAACAUCAAGGCACAUGACGAGAUCUGUCCCAAGUACCCGAUGAUCUGUGAAGGCUGUGCCAAGAAGAAAAUACCCAGAGAAAAGUACGUGGACCACAUUAAGUUCUGCAGCAAAUUCAGAACCCCGUGUCGAUUUCAUGUCGUGGGAUGUGAUAUGUCUGUGGAAAAGGAAAAGAUUCAUGACCAUGAGCGUGCCUAUGCCUACGAGCACCUCAAUCUGUUGCUGCACUACAUUAUGGGCAUGAAAGUGAGCAUGGAGGGCCUGCAGCCCCAGGGCCUGGAAAUAGCCGGACACAAACUAUUGGAACUCCAACAGUCUCUCAGGGAGCUCGAGGCCAGAGUCUCCCAGCUCAGCACCAUCUCCUCUGGGCCUCCCGUGCAGGGAGCAGCCUCCUCAUCUUCCAGCUCCGGUCCCCUUGGUCCACCGGCUUCAGCUCCUCUCCCUCCACCACCCACUCUGGCUCCCACUCUGUCUGUGUCUACCUCCUUCACGCCUCUGCCCAGCUCGGUAGGUGCGGCGCUCGAGCUCCAGCUCCACAGCGAGAAGACCAAGGUGGUGGAGCUGGGUCGCAGGUGUACGGAGCUCGAAGUUAAAUCCGGCACGUUUGAAAAUGUGGUGUGUGUCCUGAACAGAGAGGUGGAGAGGUUUGCCACCACCAUGGAGGCCAGCAACCGUCAGCACAAGCUGGACCAGGACAAGAUCGAGGCUCUGAGUAACAAGGUGCGACAGCUGGAGAGGACAGUGGGGCUGAAGGACCUAACAGUCGCUGAGAUGGAGGGCCGGCUGAGGGAAAUGUCUGCCACAACCUUUGAUGGCGUGUUUGUCUGGAGGAUCUCAGAUUUCGCCAAAAAAAGACAGGAUGCCAUCGCAGGUCGAGCCCCUGCCAUGUUUUCACCAGCCUUCUAUACCAGUAAGUACGGCUAUAAGAUGUGUCUGCGGAUCUAUCUGAAUGGAGAUGGGACAGGGCGCGGCAGCCACUUGUCCUUGUUCUUUGUGGUGAUGAGGGGGCUGAGUGACGCUCUGCUCAAAUGGCCUUUCAACCAGAAGGUGACUCUGAUGCUGCUGGACCAGAGCAACAGGGAGCACAUCAUUGACGCCUUUCGACCUGAUGUCACAUCCUCUUCCUUCCAGCGGCCGGUGAGCGAGAUGAACAUCGCCAGCGGCUGUCCGCUCUUCUGCCCGCUCUCCAAGCUCGAUGCCAAGAACUCGUACAUUCGCGACGACACAAUCUUCAUCAAGGCGAUCGUGGACCUCACCGGCCUCUAGACGGCCACACAGGGUAGUACGGUUUGGCAAACCACGCGGCUCUUUGACCAUUAAGGCGUCAUUUUGGCUCAGUCAUGGUCCCUUUAGGGCUCUGUUCAGGUAUCGUCCUGUCCCCUGCAGCUUUAGGGAGACAAACAUGCUUGCAACUGUAUGCUGCAUGUGGCUGCAGUUUGUUCCGUCCAGACGGCCUUCGCAUUGUCAUGUCCUGGUGAUCUCUAUGCGAGAAACCACUGUCAUUGCUUUACACUUCGGGUGCAAAACCUUUUUUCCUUUAGAUGCCACAACACCGCUCUCAUGGUGGAUCAAUUGUCACUUCAGUUGUGCACAUAACUUUUCAGUUAAAGGACACAGAGGCGAGCGCUAGUGCAGUGUGGUCAGUGCAGUGCUGAGUAGAAGCAGAGCUGUCAAUGUGAACAGUUAUGAUGGAGUGAAAAAGAGUGAAUUGCAUCUUUUUUUUCAUCUCCUACGUUUGAAGGGAUGUUACAUUACAUGCAGACUGUGUUACAGAACGGGGUUGUAGAUUAUAGGUAGGUGAUGUGAUCAUUCUGAUGACUUAUAAUAGUUAGAGCAUGGCUUGAUGCAGUUUUUGCUUUUUUCUUGCAGAUUGUGAAUAUUGUGAGCUUCUCAAUUCCAGUGUCGAGUGAAUUUGCAUAGACAAACGUGGAGUUAUGUUAUGAAUAAGAUUACAGGCAUUUCUUUGCCUUUUUUUGCGCAAAGUGCAUGCCGCUGGCCUUUUAAGUACAAAAUGGCUCCUUAUUUCAACUGAGCUUUACGAAAGGUUCCUCGUUUGUUGUUAAACUUGUUAGUGAAUUAGCCAUCCGUGAUGGUGGACAUUGCCUGCAUGUCUUUGGAACCAGGCUAUUUACAUGUAAAGUUAGUGUUGCGUAUUUGUUCCUGUUAGGGGUUGGUGGUUCUGAUUGGUGGUUUGGUACAUCUGUGGAAGAUACAGUGGAGUUACCAAGGAGUCAGGGCAGCUUGCCAGUCAAGCCUGAGGCAUAAAACUGACAAACAUACAUAGCGGGAGUUUUCCCCCAGGAUAUGUUCACUAGCUCACAUCUCAACACAUAGUACUGUGCCCCCACCACAGACUGAGGUCAACACAGAUUCCACGAAAUGAAGGAAUUGUUUGUUCCUUGUUUUCUGUCCAUACAAGUAUACAGUGCGUAUGUGUUUCUGCUGCUCUUAAGAUAGAAUACUGAUGUGAAUCUAAUAUAUAUGUCGUGCAAAUAUACAUGAGGUAAAUGUGUAUGCAGGCUGAAAUAAGAAAUGAAAGCAGAGGUUGUAAUUCUCGGUUGUAGGUCCAUAAUUGACACGUUCAGUGCAGCCCCAGAUAACUCUUCAGUGUUUUAAAUGUGCUCUCACUGGUUUCCAAUAAGGCACAACAAAAAUCUACAUAUCUGUUUAAACAUGUAAUUUUUCUUUGUGUCCACCAGAGAUUGCUGUUCUACUUACUUAGCAUGCAUGCUGAGGUUUUUAAAGUUCACGCUGGCCUGUUUGAAAACCAGUCUCGACCUGUAUUGAAACCUCUCUGUGCAUGGGAGGCUUCAAUUCAAUAUUCACUAUGGAGUUUCACACUGAUUUACUCUGUGAGCCAGGUGUGAACGCAUUUAUUUGUAUUUGUUUGGAUCAAAAUAAUCAUAGAAUAAUUAUUAUGUUAUAUCUGGCGCUGCGUCUGUUCAACAGAAGCAGCUGCCUAUAUUAAUAGCAAUUUAUAAAUAUGUAUCUUUGAUAUCCUAAUGUUGAGAUAAUCUAUAUAUCAAUGUUAAUAUACACAAGAUGUUAUAAUAAACAUAGUAUUACUGAAUACCUUAUUAAUUCUAUAUCUAUAUACCAACUUUUCCUUUGUCAAGAUGGUUUGAACAGGCCAGGACAACCCCCUUUGUGCAUUAAGGACUGAUGAUUCCUUCUAGAGUGCAAUAUAUGAUGAUGUCUGUGAGAUUUUGAGAACACCUUGGCUUUAAAGGUUUACAGAGGUCAUACUCUACUUACUUGUUUAAAUCAGUCAUGAUGGCGCUGAAGAACUGCAUCCAAUUUUUAACUUUUCAAGGGAUGAGAAUUGUGCUUUCCUUGUCAUUAAGCAUAGUUGGUAUCACUAGGAAUUUGUAGUCAGGAGCUAAUCAGGAAGCUGAAAGACAAUUUUAUUGGUGAGGGAUUCAUGCUAUUAGUGGGUUUCUAUUCUUAACUUUAAAAAAGACUGAGCAUAUAUUAAGUAGGAUGGACAUGAACUUUUUAAGUGUUCUUGUAAUGUGCCAAAUUCAAAUAUUACCUCCGUAUACAAACAAUGUUGUAUUUGCAAGUUAUAUUUUAUGUUCUAUGCUAAAAUAUGGUGCCAAAUAUGUUUAGAAUUCAGUUUGUGCUGCGUGUGUGUGUCAUUUUAUAAUAUAUGAUGCAUGGGUCACAACUUCUGUAAGCACCAGGAGAUAAUGAAUAGUAUCCCACUAUAUCCCAUAGUAUCCCGGUUUUUUGAAUGUAAGCUUCAAUACUUUUUUUUCAAAACAGCAGUUCUGUAAAUGUGAUGUAGUUGACUUGAACCAACUUUAUUCAUGCACUUUGUAUUGGUUGUUUGUCCAAACAGGGUAUUUCAUUGAGUGAAGGUAUUGAGUGUACCUUUUAAAGUACCUUUUUAAAUCAGAGCCAUAUACACACAUAUAUAUAUAAAUAGAUAUUCUGAUGUUGAUAAUAUUGAUGUAUUAUGCUAAAAAGGACAUGCAGUAUGUAAUACAGGUUUCCUGGUUUCA